AUGGGCUUCGUGCCGAUUCUGGAGCUCGACUCCGUCACCGCAAGCGCAACGCUCCCAGAGGAGCCGAGAUCCGAGAAUGAGGUGAGAGCGGAGGUGCACCUGGGCCAUGUGCAAUGCCAUUUGCGAGCGGAUACUGUGCGAUGCCUUCGAAGCUUGCAGUCCGAGCUCAGCGCUUUGCUGCCGGUUGCGAUUCCCGUGAGCAUGCCUGAGGUUGUCACACAGCAGCCCAUGCCCGAGGGCUUUGACCUCGGUGAAGACAGCCUGCUGACCCCGGAGUGCGAAAGGCUGGACGACACUGAUGACCACAACAUCUUGGCCGGCGUGGACAUGUUUGCCUUCGCGCCUCUCGACCGAGUUGCUCCGGAGACCGAGGCCUCGGGCAGCUUGGCGGAGGCCCUCAGCAGCGCCAUGGGCGAGCCAGGACCAGGACCGCAGCUGCUUUCUCCGCCUGUGCCAGCUCAAGAGCUGGUGCGAAACAGCUCGGACGCCUCCUCCAGCUGCCUGGUGGAUGAGUACAUCCGAGCCCAGGAGCUGCAGCAAAGCCCUAGAUCGCCGGUCACGGCCUGCCCAUGGUCACCAGAGGAGGGGCCCUUCGAGAUGGAGCUGCUUGAGCUACCAGAGGCGGACGAGACGGAAGAGAUGGAGGAGAGAGAGGUGGAGCCGCACGAGGAGUCAAGCUCGCAAGAAGCGCACGAGGCUGUCGCCGUGUGCCUCUUUGACCCAGAGGCCUUGCCGGAGCAGCGAAUCCUGGAACUGUGUGACGAGGAGCCUUCGAGACAAGAAGUCGAGAAGCAGUUCCACGUGGAAGAGCCGCCGCCGAAAAGCACCACGGCGGGCCAGGUGCGGUAUCAGGAGGGCAGCUCCGUGAUCUUCUUCCAAGAUCCCGCCGGGGUGCAGAUCGUGGAGGACCACUUCGUGCCAGGGUCUCACCCCAAGCACAAUCAGAAGUUUGAGCCUCCUCCAUGGGCGCCACCGCCCAAGACGGUGCUGAUGCUGCGCGUGGAUCGGCUGAGCCUCUCAGCGCACCAGGGCUCGGACUUUGGCGGGCGCCCGCGUGACAAGGAGAGUAUUGCCUCAGAGAGGCGGCGAACUCACCUCUCGGUUCAGGUCAAGGAGGCAGCUGCAAAGCUCAUGAUGUUUCCUGCCAGGCGAUCUCGCCCGGUGGCUCGCCGCCGCUUGGUAGAGACCAGCACAUUGCGCUGGCGCUUGGUGCUGUGCGCCCGCGAUUUCGACAUCUUGGACAGGGUCCAUGGCAGCGUGUUCUCGCACGUUCUCUCCUACUUUGAGGACGAGGAGAAGAGACCUCGCCCGAGCAUGGUGGACAUGCUGCUGUUGCGGGUGGAUGAGCUGGUACACCACGCCCUCGAUGCCGAGUCGGAGCCUCCCUUUCCAGAGCUGGCGCCGGAGUACUAUGUGGACCUGCAGCUGCUGCCCCUCCAGCUUACAGUGGACCAAGACACCGUAGACUUCCUGGCAGACUUCAUCCAGCUGUGCUGCUUGCAGGACUAUGUGGAAGAGCUGGGGGACGGCCAGGAGGACUUUUUGGCAGCGGCCGGCAUCGCGCCGGAUGUGACGGAGGAAGGCCACAGGAGGUAG